AUGCCUCACAGAGAUGAUGUCUCUUGGAGCACUAUGAUUGUUGGGUUUGCUCAUAAUGGGAGUUUCAGUGAUGCUUUCUCGUAUUUCAGGGAGUUGCAACGAGCGGAGAUGAGACCAAACGAGGUAAGUCUGACUGGAGUUCUUUCUGCAUGUUCACAAUCCAGGGCAUUUGAGUUUGGGAAGACGAUACACGGGUUUGUAGAGAAAUCAGGGUAUAGUUGGAUAGUUUCUGUGAACAAUGCGCUUAUUGAUAUGUAUUCUAGGUGCGGUGAUGUCCUAAUGGCUUGGUUAGUCUUUGAAGGUAUGCAAGAUAAGACAAGUAUUGUAUCUUGGACAUCAAUGAUAGCUGGCUUAGCUAUGUAUGGUCACGGGGAAGAAGCUAUAAGACUCUUCAAUGAAAUGAUUGCAUCUGGUGUUACACCAGACGGGGUAUCGUUUGUGUCACUUUUGUAUGCUUGCAGCCAUGCUGGACUGAUCAAAGAAGGUGAAGAUUACUUCUCUAAGAUGAAGAGCGUUUACCAUAUAGAACCAGCGAUUGAACACUAUGGUUGCAUGGUUGAUUUAUAUGGCCGAUCUGGAAAACUUCAAAAGGCUUACAAUUUUAUAAGCCAAAUGCCAAUUGCGCCAACAGCCAUAGUGUGGCGGACUCUUCUCGGGGCGUGCAGUAGUCAUGGGAAUAUUGAAAUGGCAGAGCAAGUAAAACAAAGGCUUAAUGAGCUUGACCCAAAUAACUCGGGGGAUCUUGUUCUUUUGUCGAAUGCUUAUGCUAUUGCGGGUAAAUGGAAGGAUGUUGCUUGUAUCAGAAAGUCAAUGAUUGUCCAGAGAAUCAAGAAGAUAACUGCUUGGAGCUCUGUUGAAGUUGGCAAAACCAUGUUCAAGUUCACUGCAGGGGAGAAAAAGAAGGGAAUCGAUAUAGAGGCUCACGAGAAGCUAAAAGAAAUAAUCUUGAGGCUUAGAAAUGAAGCUGGGUAUGCACCAGAAGUAGCAAGUGCUUUAUAUGAUGUCGAAGAGGAAGAAAAGGAAGAUCAAGUGAGUAAACACAGCGAANACCAUCGAACAUCACACCAGCUUUAUUUCACUACUGAACCAACCCACUUUCUCCACAAGCAUUCAAACCGUCGUCGCCAGUAUCGUUCGUCGUUGUCCCAACGAAGCCACCAUUAUCUCCAGACCAAGCAAGAGCACUACUAA